AUGAACAAAGUGGAGAAGAUGCGCAACUCAUUUCCAAAGAUUGGAGUGCUUGAGGGCCAAGGGGGUCGGGAGAUGGGAGGGGCUGUGACUUGGAGGGGGCACGGGGGUGUUCACCCCACCCCAAGCAGUGUUGAGUUUGACAGACAGCUGGAUAAGGUAGCGAUAUGGCUUGAACACUGGGACCACGAUGAGCGAUGUUGUCUGCUGGAGUCUCUGCUGCGGAAGAGCAACUACCGCCAGUUCCAGUUCCUGUACACGGUAAUGCAGCCGACGCUGCAUCGCGACUUCAUGUACACCGCCCGUAGCCACUUCCCCGACAUCGACUUCCAGCCAGUCAGCACUCACACCAGCAGGGAGCUGAAGGAAAAAGUGACAAGGUUGCGACAGAAUAAUUAUUUCCGAGUGAAGUCAGCGUAUCUUCAGCUUGAUGACGAUGUGAAGGCCAAGUUCAAGGACACAGACUGCAUUAAGUUGCCCCAUCUUGCCACCCAUCAGUACAGAUCUGAACCCGUGAAUAAGUCAGCCCCGAGUCUUCUCAAGUUGACGUCCAAGUCAGUGUUGGCCAAGUUGCCGCAGGGACACCAGGCUGCGGUGGUGAAGUGGGGCAGCACCAGCAGCAUCAGUACCGACACGCAGCAGCCUCCGCAACAUGUCGACACACUCCUCAGGUUUGUGGAGAUGCCGGUGAGGCGCCACAUGCAGGACGAGACCUCGCCUCGUGUUGGCAACAAUGUCAGAUCCUCCCUGACCUCAGACUCCACCAACACUGGCAACUCCAGCACCGACUCACAGCUUCUUUCCACCGCAGUUGCUGGACCCAGGAAGAAGAGGAAGCUGAAACUUUCAUAUGUGAAGGACAAAUCAAGAACCAUUAAACAUGAACCUAAGACAAGAGUCUCCCUACCACCCUGUCAGUUGUCUCCGGACGCCCAGCAGUUGAUGUACUGGUACACAGAUGUAUGGAACAAUACUAGGAAAAAUGAAUUCUUCCACAAACUGUUGUUGAAAUUGGACCCAAGACAGCAUUACUUCAUUUCAAACUUCCUCACUAUCAAGCAGCACCGUGACUUCCUGGCCCUGCUGCCAGAACACCUGGCCUUGAAGAUCCUCAGUUACCUGUCCCCUGCAGAACUCCUGCAAGCCUCCAGGGUUAACAAGACAUGGCACUGUCUCGCCAACAAUAAUGAGCUCUGGAGGUCAAAGUGCAAUGAGGUCAAGAUGGAGGUCAGGGUCAACAGUGCACCAAUAUGGAAGAAACUGUUUCGCGACAACAUGUAUCUUCGUCUGAACUGGAACAAUGGUGUCUGCCGAAAAGUAGAUCUCCAAGGACACACAGAGAGUGUGCUAUCGGUGACCUUUGAUGAGACACGCCUUGCUAGUGGGAGCAUGGACCAGACGAUCAAGUUGUGGGACAUCAAGUCGGGGGAGUUGUUACAGACGCUGAAGGGACACACUCGCGGAGUCUGGUGCCUCAACUUCUACACCAAGCACCUACUCAUCAGCGGCUCGUACGACUCAACAAUAAGGAUCUGGAAUUUGAGAAGUGGCGGCACCACUCGGACAUUGCUGGGCCAUGAGGGUCCUGUGUGGGCGAUGGUGAGGAGGGGAAGCAAGUUGGUGACAACUUCACAAGAUAAGACGGCAAAAGUUUGGGAUAUUGGCCGUUGCCUCCUGUUGCACACGCUCAGUGGCCAUCACGCUGCUGUGUUCGCUGUCGAUAUGACGGAAGACGGAGACAUAAUAGUCACAGGCUCAGCAGACAGGAGCGUCCGACUGUGGGACUGUGAGUCCAGCAAGUGUAAGAAGGUGAUAUGGAUUAGUCAGACUACCUCCAUCAUGUCCGUCAGCUUCAGCAACGGAUACCUGGCCUGCUCCUAUGGGGAGACAAUCUGUCUGUACAGGGUCAAGGACACGAAACUCAUCAGGACCUUCCAGGAACAUCGCAAAAGAGUGGAAAGUGUCGAGUUGAGGAUAGCUGAGUCGGAAACAUUUGAGGGGAUGAUCGUCAGCGCUGGGAAAGAUGGCCUCCUUAAAUACUGGGAUGUCAACAAAGAGGAGAGCAUUCAGACCUUUGCUGGCCACUCAGAGCAGGUUAACUGUAUACGUUUUGAUGAACUGAGAAUUGCCAGUGCUUCCUAUGACCACAAGAUCCGAAUCUGGGACUUCAAUGUAUGAAAAUGGAGACUUCAAUGCAUGAAACUUCAGGCUUCAAUAUAUGAAACUUCAGACUUCAAUGUAGGAAACUUCAGACUUCAAUGUAUGAAACUUCAGACUUCAAUGUAUGAAACUUCAGACAUGAAUGCAUGAAACUUCAGGCCCCAGUGUAUGCAGCACAAGACUUCAAUGUAUGAAACUCAAGACUUCAAUAUAUGAAAAUUGAGACUUCAAUGCAUGAAACUUCAGACCUCAAUAUACGGUCACUGCAAACAGCUUGAGAUUUCAGUUUAUGAAACUGGUGACUUCAAUGUGUAGAACUUGAAACUUCAUUCAAGGGAUCUUGAGACUUUAAUGCAUGAAACUUUGUUCAAGGAUUGACACAAACCUGCUUACAGAAUGGCUACUUUCUGUCUUUCGUAUCCGACACUGAAAGAAGGGCAUGUACAGUAUGUCAAUGGUUCUCGUUGGUUUUAAAUCAUGUUCAAAAUAAUUUCAGUCAGGCGUCUUUGUUCAUGCCUGAUUCAAUUC